AUGCCAAAGGUGGUCUCCCGAUCGGUGGUGUGCUCAGACGCUAGAGACCGGGAGGAGUAUGAUGAUGGCGAGAAGCCUCUUCAUGUCUACUACUGUCUGUGUGGCCAGAUGGUGCUAGUCCUGGAUUGCCAGUUAGAGAAAUUACCCAUGAGGCCUUGGGACCAAGCCCGGGUGAUCGAUGCAGCCAAACAUGCUCACAAGUUCUGUAACACAGAAGAAGAGGAGAGUGUCCAUCUCCAGAGGCCUGAAGGCAUAGAACAGCAAUUCAGGAAGAAGUGUGGAAAGUGUGGCUUGCUGCUUUUUUACCAGCACCAGCUGAAAAACGCUCGAGCGACCUUUAUUGUGGAUGGAGCACUUGUCAAGUUUGGGCAUGGCUUUGGGAAAACCAACAUAAACAGUCAAAAACAAGAGCCUCCUAAGAAGGUAAUGAUGACUAAGUGUAUGAAGGAUAUGGGCAAAUUCAGCUCUGUCACGAUCUCCACCAUGGAUGAAGAAGAGGAAGAGAUCGAGGCUAGAGAAAUUGCUGACUCAUAUGCACAGAAUGCCAAAGUGAUUGAAAAACGACUGGAGCGGAAGGGCAUGAGCAAGAGAUUGCUUCUAGCUCAGCCAUGUCCUGAAGCCAAGAAAGCCAAAAUGAAAGGAACCUUGAUUGACAACCGGUUCAAAUGA